AUGCUCUCCACGAUCCCACGUCAAACCACCACUCAGCAGGAGAACAUCACUGCAAUUUGGCCUAUCAUCUCCGCUGCACUAUUGUGGCACACAAUCACUGAGUUGAGCAUUCAAGAGAAGGAUCUACUACGACGGUCACAGCCAAAUCACUAUGGCUAUGGCAAUUGGACCUCUGCAGGCAAGGGUCACAUCGGACGAUGCAUAUUUGGACGAAUUGAAACCGUCUGA